AUGAAGGGAUUUAGGAAACCAGCUGCAACGACUAUGCCAAUCUCGAACAGUAUCCCCACCUUCGUCAUUCUUCAGGACCCCUGGAUAACACCUCGAGUGGUCAAAUGUGGUGGAGCUGUUCCGUACAGGAAAUGCACCCAGGAAACUAAUCCUCGGAAUCCGCAGGACUGCAGCACCAGUUGCAACGUAUACACCGACGAAGACAUCUCCGGUCCCUCAAACAUCUGCUUAUACACUUGUAAGGGUCUCUUGGCCAAGUCCGUUGCUCAGGUGAGCUGGAUUACGACAGGAUAUGUGAGAAGCUACUGUAGCAGAGAGCAGAUAAUAAAUCAAGAGAUGAAACUGUUCCACGCCUAUUACCGUGUUCUUAACAGUAUCCUUGAUGAGACUUAUCAUCGUGGCUUCCAAGGCAAUUCUGGAAUGGAACUCAUGGCACAUGACAUGCUAACCAGGAAAACAUGA